GGAGGCUCGGGCGGGCUUUUGACGCGCGGCCAGCCCAGCUCCGGCCGCGGGAAGGCGCGCGUCCCGCCCUGACCCGCCGGCCUCUCCCACCCCAGCAGUGACGCGCCGCCUCCGAGCUGGAGCCCGUGCAGCGCCCGGCAGGGCGAUGGACCGCCGAGACCCGCUCCCGCAGGACGCCCCGGCGGUGCCCACGCCGCCCGCCGCCCCGGCAGGGAGAAAGCCGAAAGCCAAGGCACCCCUUCCUCCAGCUGAGACCAAACACGUUGAUGUCUCUUCAGUUUCUAAUUCUGAAGAAUCCGCUGCUUUCAACAUGGAACAGAAAGAAAACACAAUAGAUAAAGACAUUGAACUCUCAGUGGUUCUCCCUGGGGAUGUUAUCAAAUCUACUACUGUUCCUGGCAGCAAACCUAUGAUGGACUUGUUGAUAUUCCUCUGUGCACAGUAUCACUUGAAUCCAUCAAGUUACACAAUUGAUCUGCUGUCAGCUGAAAAGAACCACAUUAAGUUUAAGCCAAACACACCAAUAGGAAUGUUGGAGGUAGAGAAGGUAAUUUUAAAGCCAAAAUUGUUGGAUAAGAAAAAACCGACACCUAUAAUACCAGAGAAAACUGUGAGGGUAGUGAUCAAUUUUAAGAAAACCCAGAAGACUAUAGUGAGAGUUAGCCCCCACGCCUCACUUCAAGAACUUGUUCCUACCAUAUGUAGCAAAUGUGAGUUUGAUCCAUUUCAUACAUUGUUAUUAAAGGAUUAUCAAUCUCAGGAGCCCCUGGAUUUGACAAAAUCUCUUAAUGACCUGGGACUAAGAGAAUUAUAUGCCAUGGAUGUCAGCAGAGAAUCCUGCCAAAUAUCUCAAAACCUAGACAUUAUGAAGGACAAGGAAAACAAAGGAUUUUUCAGCUUUUUUCAACGCAGUAAGAAAAAGCGGGAGCAAACGGCAAGUGCUCCUGCAACCCCGCUAAUAAAUAAGCACCGCCCGACUUUUAUGAGGUCCAAUACCGUUUCGAAACCAUAUGUUUCAAACACCCUACCGUCAGAUGCACCCAAGAAGAGGCGGGCUCCGUUGCCCCCCAUGCCAGCGUCUCAGAGCGUCCCCCAGGACCUUGCACAGGCCCAGGAGAGUCCAGCUUCUUGUGUAGUGAAAUCCAUGAGUGUGGAUGAAACAGAUAAGAGUCCCCGUGGAGCAGGCAUGGUGAGAACAGGCUCCUUGCAGCUCAAGGGCACGUCCACAGCGAAUGCGUCUUUGAGAAGGACAAAGCGAAAAGCACCUUCCCCACCCUCCAAACUCCCCCUGCAUCAGACUGAGGAAGGCAGCCCUGUGACGGUUAUGCAGUCAGUAGAUGGAAUUUCUCCGGACAGUGUCUCAGAAGCAAACUCCGCUGAGGGGCUCCCCAGCCCAGGUGCCAUUUCCACAGAUUCUCCUUCUUUGACAGAAGCCUCCCUUGGCCCUGGGCUACUCAGUGAAGAAGAAUGCGUUACCCGCAAAGUGACAGAGGAAAGCUCUUUCUCUGAGGGUUCUGGAACACCUGAGGCGGCAGUAGCAUCAGUGACAUCUAGAAUAAAUUCUGACUAUAGCCUUGAAGAGAUAGAUGAAAAGGAAGAACUGAGUGAAGUGCCUAAAGAUGAGGCUGAAAAUAUGUCUCUGAAGUCACAAGAUAUUUCGUCUGUAUCUACUGAUAUAAUAAAUGCACUGAAAAAUGACCCUGACUCAGCCCUUGGCAAUGAGAGUGCAAAGUCCUCACAAAACUCCAAGGAAGAAAAACAUGAAACUAGAUGCACAGAUGGACAGUAAGUAGUCAGUGUGCCAGAGAAAAGUAGUACAGGGCAGGGGGAGGUUACAGGCAUUGAAAACUUGAGGUUUUUCUACUUUUUUCCUACACGUAACUGGAUCUUUUGUCUUUCAGUGGUUCAGAAUGAAAUAAUUGUUGUUCCAAAGAAUGCAGAAGAUAAUAUGAAACACGGAGCGAGGAGGACAGAUACCAAUGUGGGAGGUGUUACCAAAAGUAACAGUGUGGCCGUGGAAGUUGACAGACUGUCAAACUCUCUGGCGUGUGAAACUGGUAUUGUUAUGAGUGAUGCAGAAAACCAUCUAUCAGCUUUAUCAGGACCAGAUCAAAAACUGAAUCAACCCAGUGGAGAAAAAACAAAAACGCAAGAUGCAGCAAUUCAGACAGCCCCUUCCUGUGACGGUUUUUACAGGAAUCACCAAGAUCAUAAUUUGCCUGACCUCAAAGUCAAUGAAAGAAUACAAACUUCACAUAAUAAUAAAUCAACUCAACACUCAUUCUUAAACCCAAAAGAUUCUGUAGAUACUUCAAGGGAAUGUAGGAGUCAGGGCACCCUAAUCACACAUUCAGAAGAUCAACUCACCGUGAAGAAUCCAGUUUCUGCCCGUGGUCACGAUGAUCUUUUGCCUCCUGUCAAUGAAAUUGACAAAAAUUCAACUGUUUCUUACCUAAAAAAUUAUCCAUUUUAUAGACAGGACUAUAAUCCCAAGCCAAAACCUUCAAAUGAAAUUACAAGAGAGUAUAUACCUAAAAUUGGAAUGACUACGUAUAAAAUAGUGCCUCCUAGAUCCUUGGAAAUAAUGAAAGACUGUGAAUCAGAAACCAUAGGGCAUAAAAAUGACCCAGAGAUACAUACUUUAGGAAAACCUUCUCCCGAGGAUGUGAAAGAAACUGCCAUCCAAACAGAAGAUCCUGUUAUUUCUGAAGGUCCAAAGGAGCCAACAGUGGACCUUAAACUUAACUUGAGAACCGACCAUCAGGUACCCAGUGCCCUGAGCUCACCUGAUGGUGCCACGGUUAAUUCUCUGAAACCUACUUCCAAAGUGAUGAGACACACUGGCACAGCUCCUUUUGCACCAAAUUUGGAAGAUAUAAACAAUAUUUUGGAGUCAAAAUUUAAAUCACGGGGUUCAAAUCCCCAGGCCAAACCAAGCUCUUUUUUCUUGCAGAUGCAGAAGAGAGUAUCAGGUCACUAUGUGACGUCCGCAGCUGCCAAAAGUGUCCACGCUGCCCCUAACCCGACCCCCAAAGAACUAACAAGUAAAGAGGCAGAAAAGGACAUGCCGCCUCCUCCAGAGCAGACUCUUUCUUCCUUAAGUAAAACAACCCACUCGGUCCCACAACCCCAUGUGAAAAAAACUGAUGCUAAUGUCAUCAGUCAGAAGCCUGCUGAAACCUCUCCUCCUCCCACGGCCCCGAAACCCGCGACGCUGCCUGCUAGCCAGGUAGCAGCACUAAAUCUGAAGACACUGAAAACUUUUGGUGCUCCACGACCCUACUCAAGCUCUGCUCCUUCGCCAUUUGCCCUUGCUGUGGUGAAAAGGUCCCAGUCUUUCAGUAAAGCCCGUACUGAAUCACCCAGUGACAGUGCACCUGCCUGCCCGCCAGCCAACCCAGAGGAGGGGAAGGCUCAGUCGGUAAAUAAGUCUGUGGACAGUCCACAAUUCAGUGUGACUGAUCAGGUAAAUGUUACCUUUUUAAAAAUAAGGAUUCAGAUUUAAGAACACAGUAAAAUGGGGGUUAACAAGCAUGUUGGUGUGUGUGUGUGUGCUACUCAACAAUGAAGCCAUAUUAAUCUGAUUAUAAAGUUGUUAUCGGGAAAAGAGAGUGGCAAAACAUAGCAUCUGCUUAGUUACUCUAAGAAUUCUUAUAAUACAUGUAAUUUCUUUGGAUAUCCCUAUAAGGUUGUCAUUGUGU